AUGGACGACAGAACGCUUCAGUGCACGUUGGAGGUACACAGCGGGGACGGUGAAUGCACGCGGCGGACGUUUACCGUAAAGCAUUUGCCGCGUACGCUCCGGGAAGUGGUGGAGCUGUUGAAGGCACAGGACCUGCGGCUGCAACGUGGUGAUUUUGAAUUUAGUGUCAUUUGCGGUGAGUCGAGCAGUCCACAGCAGUUACUUGCAGACGGAGAUGUAAAUAAUUUAUUUUCUUCAUUUGCUUCAGAGCGACUGCUUUUCAAAGUGACGCUGCAAGAGCGGGUGGGCGGUCUGGUCAGCUCCAUGCUCGCUGACGAUAGCCUUGUGCACCUGCGCAUCUACCACCGGGGCAACGAUUUGGUGACGGAGAAGCGAUUCAUUCCGCCUCGGCGUGGUGUGCGUGAGGCACUGGUAAUAGCUGUGCGUGAUGCCAUCCAACAGCCUCCCCCGGCGUCGGUGGGUAUGCAACUUUACGCAAUUGUGGGCGACAUGUGUGAUCAGACUGUACUAAAGGACGAGGACGCCAUCAACACCUUCCUGCGAUCUUGCAUGGCAACACGCUCGGUGUGUCGUCUGACAUACCAGUUUGAUAAUGAAGGUGUGAUCAAUGAAGCUGACGCAUCUAUUCAAACAAAAAACCUUGAUGUCAACAAUGCACAGAUGCCUCCAUCGGAUCCCAUCCAGGCCAACAGUGCUACACCCCAGAUGCCAAAGCGCAACGAUGGCGAUGGCGCUCUCUGCGAAACACCGAGCCGUGCGGAGGAUGAGUCCAAUGCGCUCUGCGAAACACCGAGCCGUGCGGGGAAUGAAUCCAAUGCGCUCUGCGAAACACCGAGCCGUGCGGAGGAUGAGUCUAAUGCGCUCUGCGAAACACCGAGCCGUGCGGGGAAUGAAUCCAAUGCGCUCUGCGAAACACCGAGCCGUGCGGGGAAUGAAUCCAAUGCGCUCUGCGAAACACCGAGCCGUGCGGAGGAUGAGUCUAAUGCGCUCUGCGAAACACCGAGCCGUGCGGGGAAUGAAUCCAAUGCGCUCUGCGAAACACCGAGCCGUGCGGAGGAUGAGUCCAAUGCUCAAGCGAGCUCGGUAGUCCCGGUCAAUGAUGUCAAUUCUGCGUUGGUUUCUAAGAGCAGUUCGCAUAAUGGUUCUGCUGCGUCAGAGCCGUUGACUCAAAUGGAUGCCGUUAGUGUUCCGCCGGAGACCGCUGUCAGUGCUGCCCGGAAUGCGUCUCCUUUGCGUGAAUUGGCAAAGAAUGGACGCCAGCUUUUGGACGGUGCAGGUCACUUGAAACAGAACGACGGGGAUCCCCCGGCAGUCACUUUAACUGCAAAAUAUGAGGAAGCACCGCGACCAAUUAUGCUUGUUGCGGAAGAGAAGGUGCCGGCCGUGGCGGCUUCUGGGCGUUGCCAUGCUGUGGAUGCAAAAAUUAAAAAGGAAAAGCUUCGGAUUGAAAUUGAGUGCGCAUUCGGUGAUUCAACUGUUGUUUUUCCCUUUUCCUGGCGACGGGAUUCAGCAAGUGUUUUGCAAUCGCUUCGUGAGGCCUGCUUGAUUGCUUUGGAAGUACCUCGGGGCGAAAAUUUGAAUUUGUAUGAUCGGAAGGGCGCUGUUUUGCACACCGAGGAGGAUACAUGUAAACGGCUAGAAUCCAUCCUUCUGUCUGGCUGCACCCGAAUUGGUCUCGUGCUGUGGUCGGGCCACCCAUGCACGUCGGGCCUCCCGCUGCAGUGCUGCGUCUCGUGGGGUACACAACAAAUAGUUAUGGUAUGCACCGUGGAGCCGGAGAUGGCGCUGAUGGAUCUGCGGCGUGCGAUCCUGGACGAGUAUGGUAUGGACUACAGGACCAUCGAUGGUUUGCAUCUUUUCCUGGGUAAUGGAGAAAUGGAAGCCGAGUCAGAGUUGACAAGUAGCCGGGCUUACGAGCAGCUUAAGGCCGCUUCACUUCAUGAAGAGCUGGUGAAUAUUAGGGUGUCAAUUCGUGAUGGACCUUCACUGUGCUUGUCCAUGGAGGGAAAUUUGCCCCUUAAAACCGCGGCGUUUGUAGAGGAGGCCUUGCUUGUGCUCGGAGAUCGACCCCAUUCAAACGACGUGUCAAAAUUUUUUGAAGAAUGUUCUGGGAAGACAGGGGCGCUUGGAAAGGAUGCCAAAGAUUUCAUUGCGCUUGUUAUUGUAAUGCUCUCAGAGCCCCGCAUCUUGACACGUGAGAGGUUGACAUCGUUCCUCCUCAAGACGGCAGCGCCUUGCAGUGAGGAGGGGGUUCUUGAGGUAUUGAACCGCUGCGUUGCGCUUGCGCAGUUGCGUGCGGUGCGUCGCCCCUUUGACGUACUAAAACGUUUUUUCAGGCGACUGUACAGGGUUAUCCAGAUCCCAGAGGGGGCUAAAGGCAUCCCACUCACGAUGGUUACGCAUCAGUUGGCGCAAGCCGGGCUCUCGGAUGCGAAGGGGUUGCUGCGGCGCGAUCGCACAAUCUUGGCAGAGUUGCAGGAGAAUGAUUACACGGAGCUUUUUUUGCGGCUUUAUUUCACGGAUGCCAAGAUGAUUACUCGUGCGGUUGUGGCGGCACGUCUGUCAGGGAUAGGCAAAAUAAGAAGCCGGCGUGUUAUGACAAGGAGGGGACAAGAGAUGCUGCGGGAGGACUUUAUGCACGAAAUCCGACACGCCUUUGACGGAAUACGUUCCACGGAUGUUUUGAAGUUUUUGAGGAGCCAAGAGCCGCACCCUGAGCCGAAGUUUCGCUGUUUGCUGAGUGUUAUGGGGUCGCUUUUAGCCACUCAUCCCGUGCAGCAUCCCGAUCAUUGGUUUGUGGAGCGAUUUCGAGGAAAGGUGGCGGACGCUCUGGACGUCAAACUACGCACAUUUGAGGACUCCGUAGUUUCGACACCGCAGUUGUACCGGCUCUGCUGGGACGUGCUGAAACCGGACAUGCACCAUCUUUUGCUUCUUCCUGAGUCUCCCGUGGCAAGUGCCCUUGCGUGCUGGGCCUUCUUUGCAGUACAAUUAAUAUGCGUCAACCGCCAUUUGGAAUUUCCACCUGUGCCGUUGGUGGAUUUGCAAGAGUUCUCCCUAGUGGGAUUACCGAUUUCACCAGUAGAGAUUGCAAGGGAUGACGCCUUAAACGUUGUUUCUCCCGCUGCAGCCGCCAGUGGCGGUAAUGGUGGCGGUGCGGCUGCUGCAUUGCCGUUCCGCACGAAUAAGCCAAGGAUAAAAUACAAGUACAGCUAUCUCUGCCAUGAUCUUUGCCGGGAUGUUCGUGUGGAGCGUCCCUUGAAGUAG